UAUAUCAGUGAGCUUGCAUUAGAAAAACUGAAUCUGUCUUUCAAUAUGCUGUAUGGAGAAGUUCCAACAAAAGAAAUUUUUCGAAACGGCAGUGCGAUUUCAAUUCUUGGAAUGGAUGAUCUAUGUGGAGGCAUUGCUAAACUACAUCUUCCUCCUUGCCCAUCCUCAAUAUCCAACAGAAACAAGCUAUCUCACAAGACAAAAAUAAUACUAUAUGUGGUGGUCGCUCUUGUGAUAUGUUCAACUUUGGUAGUUUUAUUGUUUAUGUUUCGUCGCCGACAACGUGUCUUAAGGAAGCCGACCUCUUCCAUGCCUUCUUUCGAACACCAAAAUUUGAAAGUUUCUUAUGCUGAUCUUCUCGAAGCCACCAAUGGAUUCUCAGAGGCUAAUGUCGUUGGUGUUGGGAGUUCUGCUUCUGUAUAUAAAGGAAUUCUUGACCAAGACCAGAUUGUUGUGGCGGUGAAAGUGCUCAAUCUUUAGAUCAGGGGAGCUUUAAAGAGCUUCAUGUUAGAAUUCAAAGCACUUCAAGCCAUAAGACAUCGAAAUCUUUUGAAGGUAUUAAGUGCUUGUUCUAGCAUAGACUUCCAUGGUAAUGAAUUCAAAGCUAUAGUAUAUGAAUUCAUGGCCAAUGGAACAUUAGAUAGAUGGCUGCAUCAAAAUGGAGCAGAGCACGAGUACCUGAAAGUGAUUCAGAGACUGGACAUUUCUAUAGAUAUUGCUUCUGCACUUGAGUAUCUUCAUUGUGGUUGCAAGUCAACAAUCAUUCAUGGUGAUCUGAAGCCAAGUAAUGUCCUUUUGGAUGAUACAAUGGCUGCCCAUGUUGGAGAUUUCAGGUUAGCAAAAAUUAUUUCAGCAGCUGCAACAGAGGUAGAGCAACAUCAAAGCACUUCAAUUGCAAUAAGGGGAACAAUAGGCUACGUUGCUCCAGAAUAUGGCAUGGGUGACAUGGCCUCCACUCUAGGGGAUGUAUAUAGCUUUGGGAUUCUUCUACUAGAGAUGUUUACCUGCAAAAGACCAACUGACAAUAUAUUUAAAGAUCAUCAAAAUCUUCAUAGCUUCGUUAAGAAUGCUUUGCCUGACCAAGUGAUGGAUAUCGUCGAUCCCCGCAUCCAACUGGAGCAUAACAAUGGAAGUUGGAUCAACAAAUGCAUGGUUUCCAUUCUGACAAUUGGAGUUGCAUGUUCAUCGGAAUCGCCAAGAGACCGAACGGAGAUGGCAACCGUUGUGAACAAACUGUGUAAGAUAAAAAAAGACUUGUGCGGACAAAGGGUGGAAAGAAUCGGAAGUCGAUAAAUGUUUUGCGACAUGAAAGCCAAAGGUGUGUAGCACAGACUCAAAUCUUUCCCCUUCGGUUCUAAUCAGCUCAUGUUGUAUGCAUGUGUUUGAGUGUAAGUGAACUAAAGACUUAUUUUUCUUUCU